AUGGCCUCAGCAUCGGCGAAUAACCAUCAACAAAAGGCCCGGCCUGAAAAGGAAUGGACUCGGGUCCAUCGCAAGGGACGACGUCGCGGGAAGUCACCUCAUCAUGACACCUAUUCGGAGAUUGCUGGAACCGUUAGUAACUCAACGCGGUCGUCUUCCUUAUCUGCUUGCGACAUUAUGGAAGAGCACAAGCGUAUCACACAUCAAUGGGAGUCUUCGGCAUGCCGCCAUAAACUCCACGAAAUUUUUGAACCGCGCAUAGCGCAUCUCGAUAUCUCCGACGCUAUCUGCUUUGGCACAGGGUCCUUUGACCCCGAAGACGGCUCAUGGGAAAUCAAGCGGAAAGCGCAUAUACAACUAGCUGCUUUUCUUUCCAUCGUUGACCAAUUCCAGCGCGGCAGUUCGCGUAGGAUUCGCUGCGUCUUCCAGGAACCCGCUUUCAACGCGUCGGAUAAGGGCUUCAUCCGCGCUUUAGGCCACGAAGUUGUUGAUUCGCCUAUAGGGUUCGAGCAGGUCAGCCCGUCAACACUGGUUUUUGGCAUCCACCUAUACAGGGACAUUUAUGCACAAGCCAUUGCCAAGUGCAUUCCUGCCAUGUUCAUUGGGACUCCCCGAGAGGUUUGGGAAGAAUGCUACGGUUCAGAUCGUUUGAAUUGGGUUGAGUUAGAUGAGUUGAAUGAAAAGUGCGAGAAGGUCAAAUUUCCCGAUGACGCAGGAUACACCACCUUCUCGAGUACCGCAAUCCACUGGAGACGAUGUGAUGAGACGUGA